UGUCAAUUCAACAUGGAGGGCAUUCCUAUGUGGUUGUUUGUAAACAACUUGAAACCUGCCUCAACUCGGUGGCUGAAAACGAUCUAGAAGGCUCCUUUAAUUCAAUUUGACUGCUGAGAAGGAUGAUAUUCCUCUUAAACUGUGUUUUUUAGAACGGAUCGCCCUACAUUUCUUGACCUUGGCUCACAGAAGGAGAAUACAGAACAUUCUGAAUAGUUACCAAAACUUGUAAAAUUAUUUAUGAUUUCUUUGAUAUACCAAAGGUUUUAAACAGCACGAAUUCAGUGGUAGUUGAAGGCUCUUACUCGAGAAAAAUCAGAGAAUUACUGGUACGAGGUAUAUCGUGAUAUUUGUGAUGCAGAGGGGACAAACAGAUAAAGAUCGGCGUCGAAACGCCACACAAGAGUGUCAAGCUCUAAGGGAUUUAGUGAACAAGUUGAAGAUGGAACUUUUGCAAAGUCAAGUGGAAACUCAAAAAGUUAAAGAUCAACUCCAGUGUAUGAUAUAUCUUGUUCGCCGGUAAGUACGAUGACCCCGAUUAUAAACAAACUUCAAUGACUGAACCAGUGAUGCAAGUGCACCAAAGAUAUGAUUUUCUACAUAAUUUUAAAAGGUUUUUCUCUCAAAAUUACCUGUUUGAUUUUAUUGUUUUGAAGUGUGAAUGGUGAUUUAAUCAAAGGACGUUUUCUAGGGCUCGUUAUUUUUAAAGACAAAAAACACCAAACUUUACUACUAAAAUAUGCUGUUUAAGAAGUUUUGAAAUAUGUGUUAUUUGGUUCUUUAAUCAAUAUAAGCUCUAUAGCUUAUCUUAAAAAAAUUAUAUUUCAAAAAUUAUAUGCAUAACUAUCAUUUCAGCCUGCACUUUCCCCCUAACCCUCCGAUGACUACUUCUGCCUUGAAAACUCUUAACUUUAAAAACUGCCCCUGUUAGACACCAGACUAUCCAAAAACCUUCAACCCUUGGUUCUCCAAAACUAAGAUUUAGGUAACCCAUGACUAAUAACCAUGAAAAGAUGCUUCUUAGUGCAAUACUGACACAAAUAGAUAGCUUUGACCUUUCAUCAGAGUAGGGAGAAAUGUCUUACAUUGUCAAACAUGUACCUUUGCUUACCCGCUUAAAGAUAUUUGUGAGUUUAUGGCUUUCUAAUGUUUCUGCAAGGCUAAGAAGUUAUGGUGCACAAGGGCAUAAGUUUUUCAGGGGUUCAAGUUGUUUAGACUGAAUUUGGGGUGUGAGCUUUGUGGAGCACUGAGAUUUUCAGGGGGGUGGAGGGGGCUUGAAUUGUCAAGAUACCCAGGCAGGGGUCUGUGCAUGUGGUUGUAGUUUUGAGGGGUUUUGCUUUCUUCACAUCCACAUGGUCUUCCACACUUAUCAUUUCAUCCUUUUGAAGCUGCUAAUCUAUCGCUAUUCUCUGUAGAGCUUGGCAGGGAGAUGAUGUAGCAUCAAUACAUGUAGCCAAUAUUGUAGGUAAGUUGAUGUUUUACAUUUUCUUUCUUUUCUAUCUUUCCUGUGUUGUUCUUGUCUUUUUUGCCUGUGUUUGGUGGGGUUGGAGUUGGGUUCAGUGCCCCGAUAUAAACAUUUCAUAAUUAUAUUCUUGCUAUAUCAUAAUAAAUAUUAACCUUAGCCACAAGGAGCUAUUGAGAGAAAUUAAUUCAAUCAGUGAAUUUUCUUUAUCUAUCUUCUGGUAAAGUGUUGCAAAUUAAAUUUAGGCACACUUACCCACAUUAGUUCAGGUACUUGAUAGAGUCAAGUUCUACAGAGUAUGCACGAUGACAGACAGCUCAUGAUUUGGUCAUUUUUUUUUUUUUUGUACUUUGAAACAAUUUGAUUUACAUUUGAUAGGUGUGGCUCCACCAAAGAUGCAGAGGUCAGACCACGAUGAAAUUGUGGCCACACCCAAGGUUAGUUCAGAUUAUCUGGAGUCUCUAUAAUUAGCUUACUCAAGAAAUAUUAAAGUAAAUGGUUUGAACCCAGGAGUAUCAGUAGUUCGUAUAGUGUGAUCGUCCGGGUGAGUUACCAACAACAGUUCUUUUCAGAACUACACUCACCCGGAUGAUCACACUAUACGAAUCAAGAAAUAUUGUAUUUUUUUCCUUGGUGUGUAUUAAUGGAGUGACCUUCAAUUAUAUUUGAAGGACUAUUUAGGCUAUAGACUAUUUAGACUGAAUCAACAAUGUACUCUACACACAUUGUAUCCCCUCUGAUAACAGAACUUUUUAUUGAUAACAAUGUUUUUUUUUUUUGCUCAAAGUAAAUUGAAAAUCCAGUUACAUCCUUAUUUGACGAAUUGAUUACUCCAAAAAUACCAUAAUUUGAUCAAAUUAUUAUUGCCCAAUGUAGACCAACAUUUUUCAUGCCGUAAAUGCACAUGUAUAAUAUAUCUGUACAGGUGCACUGUAUAAUAUUUUAUAUGAAUGCAAUUGCUUUUAUUUACUGGUAAAUUUUUUUUUGUCUCACAUUUGUUUUUUCCCGAAAAUCUCACUGAUCUUAGCAUGUAGCAUGAAUACAGGGUCUAUCAUCAAAUCCUGAGAAAAAUGAUUUUCUUUUCAGUCUAGAGCUCUGAAUGGCUGGGCUCGACUUGUUAUUGGUCUGUUAAAUCGUAUGUACCAAGAGGAAGAACUUGAACUACGUGCUAAACAACUUUUGUACAUGCGUGACAGAGAAGAACUACUUGACGAGCAGCUAAUGUCACACAAGGAUAUCACACGCCAUCAAACGAAUGUUUCCCUUUUGCAAACCAAUACCUUACAGUUACUACAGGUAUUUAUAUCAAGAACGUUUAAAAUUGGUAAAUUUGAGAAAAUCUGGUCCGGAAAGCUUUCGUCUUUGAUUGUUAUACACACAACAUUUUUUUUUUCACUUGUAGAUUCUCCCUGAUCGAGUUUCCUCUUAGCUAAUAGAUAUCUGUUUGUAGAAUUUUCAUGCAAUUAUGUGUUAAGGGAGUGUUUUUCAGCGCUUUACUAACUAAAUUCAUUUAUAAUUUCCGUUCGGUUCAUAAAAGUUUUUAUAUGAUGAACUUCAUUCUCUUUUUUCGACCCGAUUCAAUGAGGGCGGGCAAUUGAAAUAGAUCCCGAAUUAUGUUUAAGCGCAACCAUUCGUUAAUGGAAAUUGACUUGGGAAAUGAAUUAAAGAUUGCGCAUGCGUGAACGACGUAGUGAUUGGCAAUUUGAACUCGAAAUCGAUAAGAACGCAAUUGAAUCCCUACUAUGUCGUUUGUGUGGUGUUCUUGGGUAUGUCAACAAUCCCUCAAAGUGGUUCUCCACCAAAGAGUCCAACUGGAUACAAACGACCCCUCCGGGAAAGGCGAAAAAAUCUUGAGGGUAGCCUGCAAUUUGAUCUGUUAGUUUGCUAUCUGAAGAGGUAAGAGGCUUACAGAAUUUGGGAUACUAGCCUUGUACGAGAAGUUAUUUUUGUGUAGGUCCGUUUGCGCUGGAUUUUCGUUGCUUCUCGUGCACAAACUGACGUGGCACAUGAUAUGAAUGCGUUUUUACAGGCCAAAGAAGAGUGCAAAGCUCGAGAGAGAGCGGAGGAACGAGAGCAAAUUGAACAGCAAAAACAAGAAUUGAAAGCAAAGUUUAGAAGGAGGCCACCAAGGCUUCAAACCCACGGCGUGGCCCGGAAGGACAGUGUGGAGAGAAUUGUUGACUUAGAUAUGUCUGGUAACCUCUUGAUCAGCCCGGUGAGGAGCAAGAAGAUAGCAGCUAAGGAAAGUACUGUAAGUAUUACAUAGGAACAGAGGGAAGGGCCGCUUUUAGUGGAGGGCUAGAAAAAUGCUUUCUUUGUUUUAUAUCGUUGUUAGGCUGCCUAACUAAUGAGAUCAUGAGCGCGAUCUCUAAAGAUCAAAAUCAAAGACUACGAACAGUCCCUCUUUCUCAGCAAAGUCCCUCGCGCGGUUCAAAGAUAAAAGACUGCGAAAAAAAAUUUAUGUCAGCGCGUCACGCGAAACUCUGGGAGUGAGGCGCACGAAAAGUAGAGUUUCCAGAACUCCUCCGACAGAGGGACCACUCGUAGUCUUGUAGGAGGUGUUUUUAUUUGUCACCCUGCCGCGAUAUUCCGGUGUACAAUAACAACAUCAACAAAUAUAAUCAUAACAGCAACAUGAAUAGCAGAAACAAACGCAGCCACAAUUCCAAUAAAAUCAAACACAAGUCAUAAAAUGUUUCGCAAGAGCCGUGGCAAACUUUAAGCAUCGUUUAUAUUAAAGGUAAACAAAAAAAUUGGGGAAAUUCUCAAGACGUAGCUAAACUGGGAAAGCGUUUAUUUUCCUUUCUUGUUUCUAUGUCUGGGAGUUAAGGUUUUGUCUUUUUUUCUGAUUAAGAGGAAUUCGAAGAUUUAAGACUCCAGUUUGCCACGACACUUCUUUGAGAUUAUACAGCAGUUUUGCUAAAGUAAUCAAAAUAUCAGAGUUUGGUAUAUAUAUUGAUUUUUCCGUUUUCUUUUUCAAGCAGGAGAGACAUGUUAAUAGUCCAGAAGAUCUGGAAGAUGAAGCUAUAGUCGAAGGUUUGAUGCAACUAAUGCAUGUAUUUUGGUCUUGCGUUAUGAUGAAGACAGCAGUUACUAAUAUGUUGUAUACUUUUGUGGUUAAAUUUGGUCCUUGCACCAGGUUUUAUUACCCUUCGUUUCGAACUCAUCGUCAUUCACUUUUAUGUCCAGAAAUUCGGGAUAAAAAUAUUCUUAUCACAACAUGUCUGUAAGAUUAAAACUCGUACUUUUUGUUACUUUAUGAAAAGUCCGUUCAUAACAGUGUCUCUAUCCCAUUCACUAUCCCUCAGGAUCGUCCUCCUCAUGCAGCAAUAUCAAGAAGGAAAGCGCUGUAAGGUUCAGUUUUACCAUCUGUAUUUUAAGUCGUUUAUUAGGAUGUCUACUUUUUUUUUGUAACAAAGCCUUAUCGCCUUACAACAACAUCCCUUUCCAUGUUUUACUUUUGCUUAUCGCCGCCAAGGCGUAUUUUUUCUCUUUGUUUCUUGAGAUGGCAACUCAAAAUGAGAACGCUUUUCAUACUCUUAAUUUUUCUUUUUGAUGCACUUCUUAAAUUUUGCAAGUUGAAAUGUUAUUAGCUAAGAGAGAGCUAUUGCACUAUGCAAGCAGGUGUUUGUAGAGGAAUGUAAAGAUGCUAUUACAUAUACAUCUAUAUGUGACUAUCAAUAGCCAAGGAUGAAUUUGGGAAUUUCAAGGAAACGAAUAGUUGUAUUUAUGAGACAUUCUGCCAUCUCAAGACGAGAUCAUCCGUUGCAAAUUAAAGCGAACCUUAGAUUAAUAGCUGCAUAAAAUAAAUGACGUCAAGAGAGCUCAAGUAACUCACAAAGUGGUCAACCUGUGACAUUGGUUUUGUUUGCUUUCGGUUGUUUUUUGUCGACAUAAACAUUGAUAUUUGUUGGAAUUUGUUUCAGAUUUCAAACGAUGUCUUCCUCACAAGAAGAAGAUCUAGCUCUUUAAGCCGGUAACGGUAGCUCUGCUUCCAUUUCUGUAAUUAGAAUUCACGUAUUUUACGUUCGCAUUAAUGCUUUCAAACCUAGCACAUCCCCAGGAGGAUACUGAGUUAAUAUACCUGUAAAUUCUUUACCACUUUAAUUUUGUAUUCAGAAAAUGCAAAUUUGAUUGAAGUCUCAAAGUAUAUGGACAUCUUUGAUAGGCACUCACACCUUCGUUUGUCGUUAAAUUCCCAUCAUCCCUCGCGCACAUGGGGCCCAUUCGAAGAGAUAGAAAUUAUAUCAUUCAAGAUAUUCCCAUUGAGCACUCAGAACCGAAACCGGUAUUGUUUACGCUAGCAUAUAACCUAGUCUAAUUUCUCUAUUUUAUGUGUCUCAGAGAGGAAGCAAACUUACCGAAACAGAAAAGAAAUGGCAACGUAAGCAAACUUUACUUAAUGUAGCUUUUUACUUAAAUGAAAGAAUCAUUGAUUUUGGAAACAUUCAUUGCCUUUUUCACGUCCCUUUCCCUGUUUCUUUAGCAUACUCGUUCACAGACAAGCGAUUGGACUGGAAAAAGAAAACCUAGGCCCCAAACUGCAGGUAUGUAAGUUCUAGGUCAGCGUACGCUCGCACUAUCUCGUCUUAAAGCGAGAAAUUUCAAAGCAAUUUGGCAUCAAUGUGCAUUGUCUUAUUGGAUUAGCAGAAAUUCCUUCUUGUAGAAGUGAGGUAUGUUUCUCCUUAAGGAAUUCUACUUGAGUAACACAUGGAAAGCUAACGUUCGUAUCUGCAAUAUCUUUUGUCGCUGAGAUUUUGUACCUAGCCAUAGGUGUUAAAACUUAUUGUUUCGUGUGGCACAAGGGAAUCUCAUUGAGUUAUAGGAUUCACGACUACUGAUCAGCCUUUGCCUCUAUGACGCACCGUUUCACCCAUGAGUGGCCUUCUUCCUUUUUUCUGACACUUAGCAGAUAGUGAAGAUUCUGCUUUUGUGAAAUACUUCUGCAGUAAAAGUGAUGCUAAAUCUAGUUCUAAACCUUGGCAACGCUAAAUUUUAGUCACCAUAAUUGUGGCUUUAUUGAAUAUGACAGCUGCGAAAAGUUCCAACACGGGGGGCAGCAUGGUUGUGAAGAGCAAAGGAAGGCCUAUGUCCGCCCACGUGACCCAGCCUAUGGCAUGGAGUAAACCCCCUCCAACCUUUGACACAAGUAAAACCAGAAGACAGUUAGAUCUCAUCGAAAGAGACUUGAAGUUCACAACGAAGGCGCUUCAGGAUCGACUGGGUAUUUCUAAACAAGGAUUUGUGUAAAUAAAACGAUUUCAAUGCCGUAGCAAAGGCAAUGCAAGGCUUAAGUCGCGUGGUAUCUGGUAGGAGACCAUUUUUGCGUGUUUGCGGUAACAAAAGAAAUGUGUAAAAUUCAGUGGCGAGGUAAAAAACUGAGGCACACAAGGGGAGUUACAGUUAGAUUCCUUUAUAUGAACAGAAAAGACUCAGAAAUCAAGCUAAAAGCUCAAUUAGUCAAUUUUAGCAAAUAUGGUGAAAUGUCUGCUCCUAACGGAAUCGGUUAUUUUUGAGCCACGCAUACCCGGAUUGAUUUAACAGUUUGACUACAUGUAAGAGUGAAAUAAAAGCAUC